AAUAAAACUCGUCCGACCCCCCCUUCAACCACGCCGCACUGUGAUGUCGUGCUUGUCAUCGUCAUCGCUUUCUUUCUUCUCACGCCUGCUCACUGUCUUAUUUCCCUUUUUAAUCCAUCGACGUUUCAAAGCCUCGUCUUUCGGCCGAGUCUUGUCUAAGACAGCCCUGGCUGGCCGCUUCUUGUUCCUGGGAGGAGAGGUCUCAGUCCCGCGUGGGCGGAAUCGACGCCGAAACGCCACGAAACGCCGCCACACAGCCAGCGAGUGAGCAGCAUGCCUCACAUCCCGUCCGGUACAGAAGGGCGCGCCAGCUCCGACGGCACGCUCUACCCGGACCACGAUGCUGCCCUCGACGAAAAGAACCAUGCCUCUGGGGACGAAAAGGGCGACCGCUCGGACGUCCCUGGCGCCGGCAUCGCCUCACCACCGGCAUCAGUUGACGGCAAUGUGACCGCGGCGCCAGUCGAUGCGCCAGAGCCAGACAGCCAGCAAACUCCAACUGCGCCUGCGCCGCCAGUCGAACCAGAGGCCCAGCGCACAAAGGCAGAAACCACGAUUGUCAUGCUCGCCCUCGCCAUCAGCUUGUUCCUCGCCGCCUUGGACAUGACCAUCAUCACCACGGCCGUACCGACUAUCUCGUCCGAACUCAAGUCAAGCGCCGGCUACGUGUGGAUAGGCAGUUCCUACCUCUUGGGCAACGCCGCCUUCGUCCCCAUGUGGGGAAAGGUCUCGGACAUUUUUGGGCGCAAGACCAUACUCAUCUGCGCCGCCGUUGUCUUCCUCGUCGGCUCGGCCAUCUGUGGCGCGAGCGUCAACAUGGGCAUGCUCAUCGCCGCCCGUGCCAUCCAGGGCGUCGGCGCCGGAGGCUUGAUAUCCCUUCCCAAUAUUGCCGUUUCCGACCUGUUCUCGCAACGUGGCCGUGCCAAGUACCUGGGGUUGCUCGGGGCUGUUUGGGCCAUUGCUUCCGCCGUCGGCCCGCUUCUGGGCGGCGCCUUCACGUCCAGGGUUUCGUGGCGAUGGUGCUUCUACAUCAACCUCCCUGUUGGCGGUGUCUCCCUGGCCGUCAUCAUCUUCGUCCUGAAGCUGCACAACCCGAGGACCCCCUUGAUUCAGGGCCUCCGUGCCAUCGAUUGGCUCGGCAGCUUGCUCAUCGUGGGCGGCACGUUGAUGCUCCUCCUCGGCCUCGAGUUCGGUGGGAAUACGCACCCAUGGGCCUCGGCGACCGUCAUAUGUCUCGUCGUCUUUGGCGUCGUCACCAUCGGCCUCUUUGCGGUAUACGAGGGCCGCAUCGCAAAAUACCCGCUCAUGCCACCGAAGCUCUUUCAACACGGCUCCAGCAUUGCGGCAUACUGUGUCUCUUUCAUGCACGCCUUCACCUUCAUGGGGGGGAGUUACUGGCUGCCUCUCUACUUCCAGUCGGUUCUCGCCGCCAACUCUCUUCUAUCCGGCGUCUACCUACUGCCGUUUGUCUUGUCGCUUUCAAUUACGUCUGCAUUCGUUGGCAUUAUUAUCAAGAAGACAGGCAACUAUAAAAUCCCUAUCCAGGCAGGGCUAUUCAUCAUGACCCUAGGAUUCGGCCUCUUCAUCGAUCUGGGAACGGACAGGAACUGGGCCAAAAUUAUCAUCUUUCAAAUCAUUGCGGGCUGCGGUGUCGGCCCGAACUUUCAAGCGCCAUUGCUGAGUAUUCAAAGAAGUGUUGAGCCUCGAGAGAUCGCCGUGGCGACGUCGUGUUUCAGCUUCAUCCGUCAGAUCGGCACGUCCAUCUCGGUGGUUGUGGGCGGAGCCAUCUUCAACAACAGAAUGAAGCAGCAGCACGAUUCACUAGUGCCCCUAGUUGGUCAGCGGCUCGCCGAUCUCUUUGGCUCUCAAAGCGCCGCGGGAAGCGUUGACAUUGUUCGAGAUUUGCCGGCCGCAUUGAUGGCGCCGGUAGAGGACGCCUACUGGAAUGCCCUAAAGUACAUGUAUGUACUCUACUGCUGCACUGGAUUCAUUGGAUUCUUGAUCAGCUUCGGCAUCAAGCAGAAGGCGCUGAGCCAGACACACACGGAACACAAGACGGGCCUGGCAACUCUCAAGCGCCGCAACGAGGACCAUACGCCGCCAUCGGACGAGGAGAAGAAGGUUGGCAACUAACAUACUGGACGGAGAAAUUCAGCAUUUCAGCAUGCAUCAAAGAUUUUAGCAUGGAACUGGCGUUUUUGGCAUCCCACAUGGGAUGAGGACCCGGACGUGUACAAAAUGGUUGCUUAGGUAGUGAUUCGUAUAUAUGGUGAUUGACUCAGGAUGGUCCUGAACAUCUCUACAUGAUUCUUACUCAAUAGCUGGCGUUAGACCAUUAAAAGGAACUUGAACAUACUCGACCAGAGAUAGUAAAGAAGUCCAAAGAACGCCA